UAAAUUGACAGUGACAGAAAACAGCUGUUCUGUAGUUCUGUAUUAUUUUCCAAUCUUAUUAAUUUUUUACAAAUUUCAUCUAAUUAGAUAAGAUAUCAGACCAAAUUUUGAAUUAUAUUACCUUAUUUAUUAAGCGUGAAAUGUUUCCAGCAGUGCAUCGACUUAUUUUACCUCACUUUACAUCGUGUAAAAGACAAAUUGUUUACGUGCCCAAACAUAAACCUCCUGAACAAAAAGACUUCGAAAAGCUAAAAGAUUUCUUGAUAGCAAACGAAAAGAUUUUGGUCCUCACUGGCGCUGGAAUCUCCACAGAAUCUGGUAUUCCAGACUACAGAUCUGAAGAAGUUGGUCUAUACGCGCGCAGUAACCAUAAGCCAAUACAGUACCAAGAAUUCAUAAAAUAUCCCAAAGUAAGGCAAAGGUAUUGGGCUAGGAACUUCGUUGGAUGGCCACGGUUCAGCAAGAUAGAACCAAAUGCCACACAUCUUGCUAUUACUAAUCUACAAAAGAUAGGCAAAGUUACAGCUAUUGUAACACAAAACGUAGACAGACUCCAUCACAAAGCAGGUUCUCAUAAUGUUGUAGAACUACAUGGCACUGGCUACAUAGUCAAAUGUCUGAAGUGCCCAUACGAAAUUGACCGAGAGGAACUGCAGAAAGAGCUAUUGAAGAACAACCCUGAUAUGAGAAGUUCCUUCUCCAUGAUCAGGCCUGAUGGUGACGUGGAAUUAACACAGGAACAAGUGGACAAAUUCAGGACUCCUCUAUGCCCCAAAUGUGAAGGGCCUUUAAAACCAGACAUAGUGUUUUUUGGUGACAAUGUACCAAAAUACAGAGUUGAAAAAGUGAGACAUGAAGUUAGUUCAAGUGAUGCUGUUUUUGUACUGGGGUCCAGUUUGACUGUGUAUUCCAGUUACAGGAUAAUUUUACAAGCAAAAGAAGAGAAUAAGAAUGUGGCCAUACUAAACAUAGGUCCCACAAGAGCUGAUGAUCUUGUCCAUUUAAAAAUAUCCACAAAAUGUGGUGACAUUUUACCUGAUCUAUGCAAGUCUGUGCAUAGCUGAAAGUUCAAUUAUUUGUGUUGGGACAAAGUGCAAUCACACCUACCUCUAUGAUAGUAAUAUUAGUGUACAGUGUUAUCAAUAAACUAAAAAUAAAAUACUGUUGGCAUUUCAUUUCAAUUAUUAUUGUAUAAAAAAAGAAAGGGAUACAAAAGUUUUCUUUAGACCAAGAAUGUAAUCAUCAUUUUCUUAUAAUUUUCACAAAAAUAUUUUCAAUCAAUGGAAUUCAUAAAGGAUAGUUCUCGUACAUGAAACAAUGAAUAAGAGAUGGGUUAAACUUCAAGCAAUUCAAUAUAACCAACGGUGAAACUUGACACAAUCAUAUAAACCAUCUAAGUUCGCAACAUGAAUAAUAUUAUAGCAUUUUUAAUGUAUCUAAAAACCAGUCAUGAAAAUCAACAGUUUAUGUUCCAUGGAUAAGGAAUCAGUUUUUCUCAAAACUUUUUUGUUUGAAUUGACUAACAAGUAAUACCUACUAUGUUUUCAUUAAAGCACAAAACGGUUCAAUAAUGGUUAAAAAAUCUAGUUUGCACUUAUUUCUAACAAUUUCAUCAAAGGCAUGUUGAGGCUACCAAUCAACUUCUUUUUAUGACUUGUCAGUAAAAGUUUCUUCAAACUUAUGGCUAUACUUGGUGUAGACACUUGUGUACUAAUACUCUUUCACUAAAUCUUAAUUACUGCUAAUGUCGUAGCUAGGUACUCAAAACUCAAUUAUCAUCAUAAGUAAUAUUAACUGUAUGGUUGUAAUUCAUUAAAAAUGUCAUCACUUAUUUUGUCAAAAUAUGAAUGAACAGUAGAUUUACUUAUCAACUAAGAAUGGUUUUCUGCAAAAUUCAAGACUUUUAUUUCUAAGAUCCUAAU